UUCGCCGUCUCAGUGCACGUUAGGACAUUACCGUUACACUUCAGCUGCUCUGACAUGAUCUCGGCUCGGCUUCUUUUUCGAGUUUAACGAGCUUAAUCCAAGGAAUCUCGCACAUCGAAGUCACGUGGCUCCAUUUGGUAGGGAGCGUAUCUGCGCAUGCGCGUAUAUGAUCCACACAAGGUCACCUGCACGUGCACCGGCUGCCAGAAGUUCAUCCGUGCUGUUGCAGCGCUCAGGAACAAACUGCUGUAGCUCAGCUACUCUAAACAUGGCGAGAGGAAGUCGCAGUCGUCCUUCAGCAUCCGCAAGUGCUCCUGCUCAGUCCUACGCUCCAGCGCCGGCGGCUCCAUCUCCAUCAGCGCUGGCCCCGGCUCCUGUCCAGCCCAAACAGCCAGGUCUCAUGGCUCAGAUGGCCACGACGGCCGCCGGUGUGGCUGUGGGCUCCGCCGUGGGCCAUGUCGUGGGCGGCGCCCUUACCGGAGCCUUCAGCGGAAGCAGCUCCUCCGAAACACCGAGACCGGCUCCUGCACAUCAGGAGCCUGCACGAGCUGCUCCUCCUCAGGCUGGACCAUGUCUUUUCGAAGUGAGGCAGUUUCUCGACUGUGCUACCACUCAGACCGACCUCAGCUUGUGCGAAGGCUUCAAUGAAGCUCUCAAACAGUGCAAAUUCUCACACGGUGUUUCAUCUCUGGUGUGAAGAGAGCAUUUUGGAAGAAAAACUACUAAACACAGAUGUCCACGUGGUUCAAAUUGUCUAGAUCCAGUACUCCAGCACUUGACCUGUAUUUACUUUUUUCCAUUCUAGUUUUUGACUUGUGUGUAAGAUAAAAUAAAGAGCUGCUAUUUA